UGGGGGAGGACUGGAGGCGGCGGGAGAUUCAAAUCCCGACUCCCGAGCCGGGUGGAGCCGAGCCGGGCGGAGCGCGAUGGAGCCGGCGGCGGAGUCCGGGCCGGCCCGGACGGGCUAUGAGCGUCUCACCGCCGACGAGAUGGAUGAGCAGAGGAGACAGAAUGUCGCCUAUCAAUAUCUCUGUCGCUUAGAGGAAGCGAAACGAUGGAUGGAGGCUUGUUUGAACGAGGAGCUGGCCUCCCCUACGGAGCUGGAGGAGAGCUUACGGAACGGGGUCGUCCUCGCCAAGCUGGGACACUGCUUUGCACCAGACGUCGUCCCGCUGAAAAAGAUUUAUGACCGUGAGCAGACGCGCUACGAGGCAACUGGACUUCAUUUUCGACACACGGAUAAUAUCAACCACUGGCGCGAGGCCAUGGCCCACCUGGGGCUUCCUACGAUCUUUCACCCGGAGACAACAGACAUCUACGACAAGAAGAACAUGCCACGGGUGGUCUAUUGCAUUCAUGCUCUGAGUUUAUACUUGUUUAAGCUGGGGCUGGCUCCACAGAUCCAGGAUUUAUACGGGAAAGUGAACUUUACAGAGGAGGAAAUUAACAACAUGAAGCGGGAGCUGGAGAAAUACGGCCUGCAGAUGCCAGCCUUCAGCAAGAUCGGCGGGAUUCUCGCCAGCGAGCUCUCCGUGGAUGAGGCAGCAGUCCAUGCCGCUGUCCUCGCCAUCAACGAAGCCGUGGAGAGGGGGGUGGUGGAGCAGACCAUGGCGGCCCUGCACAAUCCCAGCGCCAUGCUGCUCAACUUGCGAGAGAACCUCGCUGCCGUUUACCAGGAGAUGCUGUUCCAGGUGAAGAUGGAGAAAGCUGGCAAUGCCAGGAACCGGUACCUGCAGGAGAGCCCGGAAAGCGAGGAUAUUUACGACCGGUGUCUGACUCAGGCGGAAAUACAAGGGAACAUCAACAAAGUCAACGUGCAUGGAGCGCUGGAAUACGUGGACGAUGCUCUGGAGAGGCAGGACCCUCCGGCUCUGUGCCGGGCCCUGCAGGAUCCCGUCCUGGCCCUGCGUGGUGUGCAGCGGGAAAACGCAGCCUGGUACUUGGAUCAGCUGAGUACCGACCGGGAGCAGAAAGCGCUGGAGCUGGGCUACGUGGACCUGCUGGAGCAGGAGGAGGUGCAGGCGGGGGUCUACGCAGCCAAUGAGAAGGGAGAUCAGGAACACGCCAUGAGGCAGGCCGUGAGCCGCAUCAACGCUUCGAUCCGCCGGGGGGAGGCGACGGAGACGGCGCGAGAACUGAUGAGCCCCGAGGCCCAGCUGCCCGAGGCGUUUCCCUUCGCCGCCCAGCUGUACCAGCACGAGCUGUUUCUGCUACAGCAACACCAUCCGCAGGGUGAGUUGGGGCAGGAGGAACUGUACGUUGCAGUGGAGAUGCUCUCGGCCGUGGCGCUGAUCGACCGGGCGCUAGAAGCUGGGGACGUCUAUGGAUUCUGGAGUAGCCUGGUCAGCCCUGCCCUGGGCCUGUCUGAUAUCGAGGAUGCAAACGCGCAGCGCUAUUUUGACGACUUGUUGAAACUGAAGCGCCGGUCUGGGAAAGCCGGGGUUGCGUUCCUGAGCUGGAACGACAUCCAGGCCUGCGUGAACAGCGCCAACGUGGCGGUGCAAGACGAAAACGACCAGAUCCUCGCCGUCAGACUGAUCAACGAGGCGCUGGCGCAGGACGACCCGGAGAAGACGCUCACUGCUCUGCUGCUGCCCUCUGCCGGGUUCUCUGCCGUGACGCUCCCAGGAGCGAGGCGUUACCACGAUGUGCUGACCGCCGCGCUAAGGCAGAAAGCCCAGGUGACCGGAGAUGAUGGAGCAGCUCUCUGGUGGGAGGAGAUCCAGCAAGGGGUUUCCAAGGCCAAUCAGGACACCGAGGCAGCCAGGAGACUGGCUCUCGGCAUUGCUGCCAUCAACCAGGCCAUAAAAGAAGGGAAGCCGGCUCAGACGGCGCGCGUGCUGCGUAACCCGGACGUCUCCCUGCGCGGCAUCGUGGCAGAAUGUGCAGGGGGCUACCAGGCAGAGCUCGCCGCCCUCCUGGCUGCCAAGGGACAAGCGGGGAACGCCAAACACCACUGGGUCAGACACCAGCUGAAAGACGGCAGCGUGUAUUACUUCAGCCUGCAGAGCUUCGAAGGCAGCUGGGAGCGGCCGCGUGACUGUGUCCUUAACUCCACCCACCUCAGCCGGGAGGAAAUCCAGUCGACGAUCACAGGAGUGACUGCGGCCCACGAUCGGGAACGCCUCUGGGAAUCCAACGCAGGAUUCGUCGUGAGGCUGCAGGCCCGCGUGAGGGGCUACCUUGUCCGCCAGGAAUUCGUGGCCCGCAGACAUCUGUUGCAGGAGCAGUUACCAGCUGUUAUCAAAAUUCAAUCAUGCUGGAGAGGAUACAGACAGCGCAGAGCUUACCUGCAAAGAUUACGGUACUUGCAAAAAACCAGAGAUGCUGUGAUAAAGAUCCAGGCAUACGUGAGGAUGUGGCGAGCUCGUAAAAGGUACCGGGAACGGCUGCGCUACUUCAGGAAGAACAUUAAUGCUGUAAUUAAAAUCCAGGCUUUUGUGAGAGCUAACAAGGCCCGUGGGGAUUACAGGAUGUUGGUCUACGCCAGGAACCCGCCACUGAGCAUCGUCCGGCGCUUCGCCCACCUGCUGGAGCAGAGCCAGCACGACUUCUGGGAGGAGUCGGAGCUGCUGAAGCUGCGGGAGGAGGUGGUGAAGAGGAUCCGCUCCAACCAGCAGCUGGAGAGCGACCUCAACCUUAUGGACAUCAAGAUCGGGCUUCUGGUUAAGAACAGGAUCACGCUGCAGGAGGUGGUUUCCCACUGCAAGAAGCUGACGAAGAAGAACAAAGAGCAGCUGUCGAACCUGAUGGCCAUCGACAAGCAGAAGGGGUUGAAGUCGCUCAGCAAGGAGAAGCGCCAGAAGCUGGAGGCCUAUCAGCACCUCUUCUACCUGCUGCAGACCCACCCUGUGUACCUGGCUAAGCUGAUUUUCCAGAUGCCCCAGAACAAGUCGACCAAGUUCAUGGAAUCGGUGGUCUUCACACUCUACAACUACGCGUCCAACCCCAGAGAGGCCUACCUGCUCCUUCAGCUCUUCAAAACCGCCCUGCAGGAGGAGAUCAGGUCUAAAGUCGACCAGCUCCGUGACAUCCUAACGGGGAACCCCACCGUGAUCCGGCUGGUGGUGAGCUUUUACCGGAACGCCCGCGGGCAGAACGCCUUGCGCCAGAUCCUGGGCAGCCCCGUGCAGGAGGUUCUGCAGGACAAAACCCUCAGCGUCCGCACCAACCCCGUGGACAUCUACAAGGCCUGGAUCAACCAGCUGGAGUCUCAGAGCGGACAAAAGAGCAAGCUCCCGUAUGAUGUUAGCCCCGAGCAGGCUCUGAGCCACCCCGAGGUUCAGCGUCGGCUGGACAUCUCCAUCCGCAACCUCCUGGCGGUGACGGACAAGUUCCUCUCUGCCAUCACCUCUUCCGUGGAGAAAAUUCCCUACGGGAUGCGUUACGUGGCCAAAGUCCUAAAGACGUCCCUGGCUGAGAAAUUCCCAGACGCCGGCGAGGAGGAUAUCUGCAAGAUUGUUGGGAACCUGCUCUAUUACCGUUUCAUGAACCCGGCCGUGGUGGCUCCGGACGGCUUCGAUAUCGUUGAUAUCUCUGCCGGUGUGGCCCUGCACCCGGAGCACCGGCGCAACCUGGGCUCCAUUGCCAAGAUCCUGCAGCACGCGGCGGCCAAUAAGAUGUUUGAGGGGGAAAACGGCCAUCUGCGGGUGGUGAACCAGUACCUGGAAGAAACCCACUCUAAGUUCAGGAAGUUCAUCUGUGCUGCCUGUUCCGUCCCUGAGCCGGAAGAAAGGUUUAAUGUGGAUGAGUACUCGGAGAUGGUAGCUGUGGCCAAGCCGGUCAUCUACAUCACAGCGGGGGAGCUCAUUAACACCCACAAGCUGUUACUAGAGCAUCAGGACUCCAUUUCGCCCGAUCACAAGGACCCUCUGCACGAGCUUCUGGAAGACCUUGAUGAGCUGCCUACCGUCCAGUCUCUAAUAGGCGAGAGCGCGCCGAAUCCAGGCGAUGGCAGCCCCGAGCAAGCGCUGGCCCAGCUCGGGAAGCAGGAGGUCUCGCUCACCCUCACCAACAAGUUCGAUGCAGUGGAGGCCAGUAGCGAGGAGGCGGAUACAAGGAGCUUGCUGCUGAGCACCAAACAGAUGCUAGUGGACGUGAUCCAGUCCCAGCCGGGGGAUUCCCUCUUGGAGAUCUUAUGGACACCUGCAUCAGAGGAUCAGGAAGCCUUCCAUCACCACCAGAUGCACAGACGAGCCCUGCGCAAGGCCCAGACCCCGGACAGGUUGAAACGCAACCGCUCCCUGGCUGGCAACAGCCAGCUCUCCAUGGAAGAGAAGAAGCGGAAAGUCAUCCGGAACCUGCGGCGCUUGGAGAGCCUGGGGGUGGUGGACUCGGCCAAUCAGUACCAGGAGAUCAUCAACGAGAUGGCCAAGGAUAUUCGCAAUCAGCGGCGUUACCGGCAGCACCGCAAGGGGGAGCUAGUGAAACUGCGGCAGACCCUCCGCGGCCUCAACUCCAAGACCUCGUUUUAUGAGGAGCAAAUCGACUAUUACAAUCAGUACAUCCGGACGUGUCUGGACAACCUGGCUGCCAGCAGCAAGCUCAACGGGAAAAGCAAGAAGCAGCAGUCGCUGCACUACACGGCGGCGCGGCUCUUUGAGAAGGGCGUAUUGCUGGAGAUAGAAGACCUGCCUGUCAGCCAGUUCCGGAACGUGAUUUUCGACAUCAUUCCGUGUGGGGAAGCCGGCAAGUUCCAGGUGAAGGCCAAAUUUAUGGGGAUCGACAUGGAGAAGUUCCAGCUCCACUAUCAGGACCUGCUGCAGCUGCAGUACGAAGGUGUGGCCGUCAUGAAGCUCUUCGACAAGGCCAAAGUCAACGUCAACCUGCUCAUUUUCCUCCUCAACAAGAAGUUCUUCAGGAAGUAGCUGGGGGGUGGGAUGGGGGGAGGGAGGGAACCUGCCAAAGAGAUUUCAGGGACAGAAUCCGGCUUCUGAACGGUACCUUGCCAAGGAGAGGGGAAGACUACGGAGCCCGGAGCCGUUGCCGUUAACUCUCCCGUGCCCAGAACUGGCACACUCGAGCUCUUCUACAUCAAGCUGUAUCUUGUUGCCUUGGGGGUUAAAUCUGGAUCCCAGCAUACACGUGGGGGGUGAGGGGGAGAUGCUUGUGCCUCCUCUAUUCAGGGGCUGGUGCAUGCUCUGGCAGAGGGCAGAGCACCCCUUACAGCUGCCCUUUUUGUUGCAAUGGUCCCUAGGGGGCUUUGCAGUGGUCUAGAAUGACUGGUGUGCAAGUCUGCCCCAUCUGCAGCUGGGGGGCUUAUGGCUGAUCUGCGGUCCCUUUUCGGCAAUCGAGCCGGUGCCCCAGGGUCUGAUUCCUCAGUGCCUUAUCCAUGCUGCUGCUGCUUUGACUAGAUAGGAAACACUAUUACUCCGAGCUGCCGCACACUUCCUACGAACAAGGCGAUUGUUUAUUUUAUUUUGUGUGUUUUUAACUAGGCUGCGACUUUACGCAUUGAGUUGCAGAGCUCCAGCUUAUCCCUUCUCAGCCACGCGAGCGCGAGGUUGGACAUUCUUUCACGCUCCCACCCCCAACGUGGGUGAAACCAGCGAGAGACGUGUGAGAGCUCUUGCUCCGCACCGCCGCGUGCAAACGAUCCACGUACCACGCGUGGGUCCUCUCCCAGGCGGGGUCUCUGCUGAACCGCAGCGGAUCAGGCUCAGGCCUAGUUGAACAGCUGGUAUUGGACUACUCUUAGCACAAGGCAUGGGGUGUGUGUGUGUGGGGGGGGGUUAGCAGUCUCUGUGGCUUUUUAAUGGAUAUUUAACCCUUUUUUUACACUAGUAUUUUUAGAUGUUUGAGGUCUGAGUUUAGUUCUCUCAGGUCACUUUGCCAGUGGCUGUUUAAGGACACUGAGGGUUUGUAGGCUGCAGAUUCGAUCUUUCUUUUUUUUUUUUAAAAGAUACAUUGAUUGGAAUUAUUUUUUCCCUACCCCAGCAAAAAAAAACCCCAGCUACCUCUGUUUUCUCAAUCAGAAUUAGCCUGCCCCUAGACAAAGAAAAAUCCCAUAAACCCACCAGUGCUGGCCACCCUACAAUAAUAAACACUGUGUGUGGGCUGCCUGAGACCCAUGGGCAGCCCUACAAUAAUAAAGCAGUGUGCAAUAGAGAGCAGCUGAACCCUAAUUAAGGCCACUCACUUCAUUUUAAAGUCUCCAAGGGGUUCCAGUGGGGAAAAAUGGAUCAACAUAGCGCAGCUCACCAAUUGCAAUCUGUCAUACAGUGCAGGGCAAGGGGGUGUGGUCAUGUCAAAAUUAGGGGAGACCUCAAGGGUGUGAUUUGUUUGUUUAAAUCUUGAUGUUCUCUGGGUGGUGUGUAGCCCUGGCAAAUGGAAGGAAUUGGGUGGGGGGAUGAAUCACUGUCCAUCUUGGAAGGACAGGAAAGAGGGUAAACGCGAGUGGUUAACAUCUGACAGAGGCGACUCUGGAAUGAAUAAUCCCCAGGGGCCAGGAAGGGAAGUACAAACCACGACCUCGGUCUUGCGCGACACUCCUGCAUGUGUUUAAGCACAAGUGCUGCUAUUGAUUUGAACGGAGGGCGGGAGUCGGGUGCCUGCUCACCCCAGUCAUGGCCCAGCACUCUGGUGCUAGGCACCGUCAAAAUGCAAAGACAGCCCCUGCCCCCGAGCGUUUUCAAUCAAAAGUGCCACAAGAGUGAGUCGGUGCUUGAAGCUGAGCGCGCGCGUUUGUGGGAGCAGGGGCAAGGAUGGCUGAUGCCUGUACUAAAAAGCCCCCCUCUUUCUUGCCACCUUAUUUACUCUGAAUUUUUCUUUUAAAUAACUUUGAGAACCCCAUUAAGACGCUAAUGAAACCUGCCACCCUAGCACCAGUAACGCUGCGCUGCCUGGGCCGAGGCAUGUACUGAGAACGCUUACAAGUGCCUGGUCUGGUCAGGCACCACAACCAGCCAGUGAAUCCUUGAAAUUACUUGUGUUUAUAAUAUUGCGUCACGGGUGGGCAGGACACUUCACAGGGCUCGUCUUCGCAGCAGAGUGAAUUCGAGUUCUGGCCCCAGCUCAGAUUCCGUCCACGCAUGCGCACGCCCCCUUUAACUCAGGUCGGCUGGCUCAUGAGCUGCAGCUCGAUUUGAGCCCGACACGUCAGCAGCCACACUGGAGCGAGGCUAGCUCGAGAGGCGUGACCCGAGUCUGCAGCGAAGACAUCACCAUAGAUAAGGCAGUGUGGUUCAGUGCCCUGGCAGCCAGGAGACUAGGGUUCUAUCCACAGCUCUGCCAUGGACCGGCUUGGAUGUGCCUCAGUUUCACUCUGUGUAAAACAGGGAUAAUAUAAUCAUACCUACUUCAUUGUAUAGGUAAUCAUUUAACAUCCACCCGUCUCUGCCCAACCGAUCUUAGACUAGAUACAUAACUCUUAGGAUGCUGGUGUUUUCUGUACUGCUUGCCAAGGCAUACUGCUGGCCAGAUCCUCAUCUGAUGCAAAUUGGCAAUGGAGCAUGGCUGACUUACACCAGCUGAGGCUCUGACCCAGCAGGUAUAAGGGUGCAGCCUUCAAAAGGCAAGAGAAAUUCCCUGAGUUUGGCAUUCAUGGUAACAACGGACAAUGGCUUUAGCAGCUGCCGAAAAUUUAGCUAAAAAUCCAGCAUCGGUGAUGAACCUCUUUUUCUCCUUUGCUGAUACAAUGACACCUACUGGCCUAAGAGACUAUUGCCUUUUAAAAUACAUUUCAGCUUCAACUUUUAGGAUGAGUAUGAAUCUGGGACAGUGAGUUGGCAUUAGCUUUACAAAGCAGUUUUAUACCAAUUAGCCUUUUAUUUUUUUCCUAAUGGCAUCAUGAUUUUGCAGAAGCUGGGUAGUGAGGUGUUAUUAAAUCAUAUAUCGUUUUUAAAAGGA